UCUCUCGUGCAUGACCAAAUCGCACAACCAACAAUAUGGCGGAGAGUGAACCUACUGUUCUUACCUAUACUGUGGCAUAACACACAAUCGACUACCUGGCUUCAACAAAAUCGGUUGAUUUACGAUACUGUAGAUAUACUGUGGUAUAGAGUCCUGGAAGGUAGAAAAAGAAGAAAUCUCAUAGAAAAUUGUUACAUAUUAGUUAUCAAGAUAAACAUAUGUUGUGUGUAAUUGAUGAUAUUAAAUUUUAAAUUCGUUGCGAGACAAUAUUUUUUUAUAAUGCCGUACUAUGCUGUUGCCAGAGGUCGUGUGCCUGGAAUUUAUUCAACUUGGGAUGAAUGUAAGUCUCAAGUUAGUAAAUUUUCUGGCGCAGUAUACAAAAAAUUUGCAACAGAAAAUGAAGCUCACAAUUUUAUUAAAAAACAUUCAAUUGGAAAAUCAACAUCUAUUGAAGGUUUUGUUUCGUCAAAUAUUGUAAAAACUGUAAAAUCACAAACUCCUCUGUCAGGACAAUUAUUUCUUAAAAGAAAACAAUCAGCAAUCAGAUUAGCACAAAUAAAUUCAUUAUCAUUAUAUUCAAAGAAUACUUUAUCAAGUGAUGACGAUACUAAUGAACAAAUAUACAAAAAAAGAAAGAUUGCAUCAGAUAAUGCAUUGGAUCUGAGUUCGUCUUCUAAUCAGGAUGGCAAAAUAGACUUUAUCGUGGAUGAAGAGGGUUACGUGAAUGUCUUCACCGAUGGUGCUUGCAGUUCUAAUGGAUAUAAAAAUGCUCGUGCCGGUAUUGGCGUUUGGUUCCAAGAUAAUCAUCCACUAAAUAUAUCUCAACCAGUAGAAGGACGAGCCACCAACAAUAUGGCAGAGAUUCAAGCAGUUACGGUAGCCGCAAAACAGGCAAAGAAAGCAGGAAUCAAGAAGUUGAAGAUCAAUACUGAUUCGAAAUUCCUCAUUUCUUGCAUAACUCAGUGGAUGCCAAAGUGGAAGCAGACUGGAUGGAAAACAACAGACAAUAAGCCAGUUGUAAAUAAAUCAGAAUUAUUGGAAAUGGAAAAAGAAUUGGAAUCAUUAAUUAUAGUUUGGAAUCAUGUAAGUGGACAUAAGGGAAUUCAUGGAAAUGAAAUGGCAGAUAAGCUAGCGAGGGAAGGCUGCCUGAAUUAUAAACGUCAGCAGAACUAAUACCUCAGUGUAAAAAUAACCAAUUUUUCUUAGAAAUUAAUAUUAUAAAUUAUUCGCACUAGUUUGUAUUUAUGUUCGUGUAGUUUUUUUGCGGUACAUUGUGAUUAAAAAUAUAUUACCA